UGUAGCUAAGCGCAUUGACCACUAUAAACAACAACAUUUGAACAUUUGAACGCCAUCAUAAACGCCCUGAAUACCUUGGAUGAGAAUUUUUGCAUGCCUCAGUCAUAAUUUUAACUCAAUUAGCGGCUAAAUAAACGCUUAUAACUUCCAGAACCAGAUCUGGACAAUAUGUGCAAUGUCCGUUACCGUAACAUUGGCUGCUACAACGACUUUCACAUGAGGCAACGACCCCUACCUGAUCGAUUGUCGCCCAAAGAGUCAGAAUGUCUGAAGCUGAGAGACCUCAAGGUGAUACUGAAUAACGAGACACUGAUGAAAGCCUGGAACGACAACAUGUAUGAAUUUGUUUGCCGCUGUGCUGAGGCGGCAAAGAAAGAGAAGUACAACUUCUUCGGGGUGCAAAAUUGUGGCGAAUGCUGGGCCGCAAAAGGAGAAUUUCUGGUGAAUGUGAAUGGUUUAAGUGAUCAGUGUUUGACUUACGACGCGGAGGAUUGUGCCUUGAACUCCAAAGUAUGUGUUGGAGAGAAAUACACCAUUUACGCGUACAGUGUUGUAGCCAGUCGAUUUGGAAAGUAAAAUUAAAGGAU